GCAAAAUGCAAGAAGAAAAAAACACGGCUAAAAAUAUAAUUUGGCCCCCUCGAUGCCCCCUUUUCCAGGUUCCUCCCCUGAGCUGACUCCCCAAUUUUCCCAUCAAACAAAGACCAGCCCUAAAGACUCCAAAAGUACACAAGCACGUAAGAGAGACAAAGCUGUUUCAUCUCAUGCGAUCGAUCGACGUCCUCCCGGUUGUGUAGAAUGGUUAAGGGUCUUUGUCCACUGGACUAACCUCAAGGCGUGGUGGCAGAGUGGUCUAAUGCGCAAGACUAGAAAUCUUGUUCCUUCGGGAGCGUCUGUUCGAAUCAGGUCCACGUCGAAGACAAAGUUAAUCUUUUGGUCAUUCCUUAUCUGUGUCUCUUUUUCUUUUUCUUUUCUUUUCCCAUCACCCUCUUCCCUCUUCGUGUCUGCUUUGCCUCCCUACCUAAUCACCCCGGCUCAUGGAUAUUCAACUUUUUACCCUUGGCUCCCGGACAACGAAGAAAAGGGCUGGCUUGCUUGUAUAGAAACCCUCACCACCAAGAUUAACCCCACUACCAGAUGUCCGAGGAGUCCACUAGAGCGCAAGAUCGGAGUGCGAGCCGUCACCCGCCCCUUGGCUCAUGCCACACAAUUGCCGGCAUCGCCUAAGAUAUGCCGCAGUAUAGCGGGGUCUAGGUAACGGCCAAAUGUGCCAUUGUCUCGGCUCAAAUGGCCGAGUCUGCAUUAUCCACGGCCGUUAUUGGCCGCGGCUCUCAACUGCCAUUAAUAUCCCUCCUACAUGCCCUAUAUAGUACACAUGCUGAUCAUCGCGAGCACAUUCCCCCUUCGAGUGACACCGUCCUUAACCAUUGGCCAACGCGUCAGCAGUCUAUGCAGAGAGAGAAACGACGUCCACCCCAGACCUAAA